UUAGUGGCUGUGGGCGGGGCCCCGAGCUGCCCCUCAGGCUCCUCACCAUGGGCAGCAAGAUGGCGGCCGCUACAAGGGCGGUGCAGGUAGUCAAGCCACAUACUCCAUUAAUAAAGUUCCCAGACAGAAAAAGUGGUCCCAGACCUAAAAUACAGGAAUCUCUACAAGCAAGUAUGCCAUCUCUCCUUGCUUCAAAAGCACAGGAAUCUGUAGGAGGCACAUCACCGGCCUUUCAAAAUAUUUCACGUGUUAGUAGAGUACAAGGCACACCAGACACUUCUGAAUUAGCAAGAAGUUUACCUCAGAAAUACAGAAGGAGACAAAUGUCAGAUGAAGAGAUUGAGUAUAUUCAACGUGGAGGUCCAGAAUAAAUGUGGAAGAUAGUUUCUUGGCCACUGUUGAAGAAUGAGGUAUUAUAUUCACAAUAAAGGCAUUAAAUUAAAAUGCCUUAAUAUUAAAAAUUAUUGUAUACUAAUAGCUUUAAUAAAAUCCCAUAUGAUGGGUGAGAAGAUUGACACAACACACAAUAUACUGAUUUGUUUGUGACUGAGAAGGAUUUUAUGUUGAUGGCUAAUAGCAAUUGAAUAUAUAUGAUGUCUGCACCAUUAAAAUAUUUUUCUAAUUAGCCAUUUGAAAAGUCAACAAUCUAACAGAGUCAUUUUAUUUUUCCACUGGUUGAGAUCACAAAGUCACAGAAUGGAUCAGGUUGGAAGGGACCACAAUGGGUCAUUUUUAUUG